CUCCCCUGCAGCUAAGAGCAGGGGCUGAAUGCAUGUGAUGAUAUACAGCGCGACAGAAAUCCGGGAGCGCUGAGAACAUGCAUUUCCUGUGCCCGUUGAGAGCUGUAGCAGCUUCCCUGGCCCAUGCAAAAUGCAAGCGAACUGGGUCUGUUCUGCCAGGAAGGACCCCUCUCCAGCCAUGCACCUCUAUGGUGAAUGCGGCAUGUCACUAGCACUUAUUAGUUAGAGGGGGGGGCUGGUUUCUUGGGGCUGCCUGGGCGGAGGGCAAAGCCCUGUGGGUUUAGCAGGCAGCAUACGGUAUCGGGCUGGGGGCUGCCUUGCGGGGAGGAUUAGAUGUAGGGUGUAGCCGGAGGGGCGAUGGCAGGAGGGGUGGUCCUGGUGCAGGGAGCCAGCCGAGGGCUCGGCCUGCACUUCUGCAAACACAUUUUAUCCGCACGGAAAGAGGCGAGAGUGAUCGCUACCUGCAGGAGCCCUGAAGUGGCCAGCGCCUUACACGCGCUGCAAAGGCUGUAUCCCCAGAACCUCACUGUGCUGCGGCUGGAUGCCACUCGGGAGGCAGAGAUCCGAGAGGCAGCGGAAGCAGUGGCGAAGGAGCAUGGCCGGCUGGAUCUACUCAUCAAUUCUGGGGCAAUGUUGCACCCCAGCGGCAGAGGAGAGAAGAGCUUGCAGGAGGUCUCAGCAGAGGGUCUUUCCAUAACAUUGGCAACAAAUACCAUAGGGCCCCUAGUGAUGGCUAAAUAUUUUGCCCCUCUGUUGCGGAAAGGAACUGGAGCAUUUGGACAUCAGUUUGCUGAUCAGGCCAAACAGCAUAGGGCCAUACUGGUGAACCUGACAGCUAAAGUAGGCUCCAUAGGAGACAAUGCCUUAGGUGGAUGGUAUAGCUACAGGAUGUCUAAAGCAGCUUUGAACAUGGCUACCAAGAAUCUCAGCAUUGAACUUGGAAGAGGGAAAACUAAAGUGUUUGAAAGGUGAUACAACAGUGCAGGACAGAUCUGAUCAAAUCAAAUCUAAUGGUGACGUCUGACAGUGAUGAAAACAGAACUCAGUGUGCAAAGCUGUGAACAUUGGCUCCAUUUUGGGCAAGUCUGCUGCAGACCUUCUCUUUCUCCCCACCUCUCUUUUUUUCCUCUUUUAUUGACGGAUGCCAGAUUUAAAGGUUACUGGCUGCAGGGAACCCCCACCCCCUGCAUACAAACAGACACACCUCCCCUAAAAACUCAGGUGCUAACUGUAUUUUAAGUAUUUACCAUACAAUGAGAGCAUGAAUAAGAUUCUGAUUACAAUUUUGUCAUAGUUGCUCUGACUUAUUUUCACGUGUUAUAACAAAGAAGAAAGAUUGGCAAGUUUCAGUGAGAUGUUCAUGUUGUUCAAAUGUAACUCUCAGUACUUGGAUUGGGGAUGGACAAUGACAUCACAGGUUCAUAUUCAUUGGAGGCACAGGUACAUACUUAUUCUACAAAUCAGGCCACUUACAGACUUAUGUGAAAUCGUUGCUGCACAGUACACAUAAGCUUGAGCCUAAUGAGACAAGAGAAUGACUGACAAAACUGUUAUAUAGAUCACUGAGCAGUACUCUUUACCCUGUGAACUUUGUCCAGCUCCAAGAGAUGUACUAGAAAGCAGAAAAUCAAACAACUGGUGACGCAGUGGAAGAUCACAUAAACUACGCCAAGCAUACUGUUUACAGUCCUUGUGUUUUGUUGUCCACAACCUGACUACUCAGAACUUUGAUCAUACUGGUGACAGCUAAAUCACAUCACACUUGUGUAUAUGCAAAAUAAAGAUAUGAGGAUCUUCUUGGGGUAUUAAAAACAGGACAACAAAACAUUGAUGAAAAAUUGUGGGGGGGUUUCAGUGUGGUAGGCUCAGGGAGUCAGAACAAAAGAAAGUAACACAAAUGAGAAAUGUGAGACGGCCUGCAGAAAUGAGACAUACAUAAAUCCUUGUUUCUGUUAUUGAACACAAAGAGGGAGACAUUUACAAGGGCCCAUGUCAUGAACAUACUGUAUGUGACAUGGAAGAUAGCAUAGUCUGAAGAAAUGAAAGCAUUUGGUUGAUAGGAGAUCCUGAG